CGCUGGAAAUAUACAUAACGUCACCUCUCCGCGCCAGCAGCAAGAUGGCGGAGGUAGAGCAGGAGCGCGGUGGGCGGCCGCAGCAGGUCCUGGUCAUUCCGCGCACGGCGGCCGAGGAGCAGCGACUCAAGCUUGAGCGGCUGAUGAGAAAUCUGGAUAAACAAGUGUUAAUUGGUGAGAAACCGAAGGAGUGGGCUCCACGGCCACCCCCAGAAUUUGUUCGUGAUGUUAUGGGAUCAAGUGCUGGUGCAGGGAGUGGAGAGUUCCAUGUCUACAGACACCUUCGUCGCAGGGAGUACAUGAGAGAGGAAUUCAUGGAUAAACAUGCAACCCAGCAACGACUGGAUGAAGAAUUCCAGAAGAAACUAGACGAGAACAGGAGGGUGGCUGAGGAGAGGACGGAAAAACGCAGGAGGAAACGUCAGAAGUUAAAACAAAAGAAAAUCUUGGCGAAGAAAGCCAAGCAGGAGCAGACAAAAGCAAUGGACGGAUCCGAAACUUCAAGCAGUGGUGAAGACGAGGAGGUGGAAAGUCCAAUCGAGGAAACAGAUGAUUCAGAAGCACCAAGCUUUAUUAUGGGUGGCCGAUGACCUGAUCCCCAGUGGAUGCCUGUCUGCUAGAGCUACGGUGCCAAAGCAAUGAGUGAUGUUUCAGGGACUUUGAACCGUUGCCUUUUCUGUCCAUGGGACAAGCUGAACCUCUAUAGUCACUUCAUCAUGUAGUUUUUUUGUUACAUUUGCCAUUCAAAUAGAAAAUGUAUUGCUGUGUCCUGAAUGUUGUACUAUUUAUUUAAUGUGGAAAUUUAAUUAACAUUUUAUAUGAAGCUUUGUGAUUAACAUGUACAAACGUAUAUAUGGAGCUCAGUAAAAUUAUUUUAACUAAA